UUAGUUUUUUUCAAUUUUCUCUCUAGAAUUAUGCCAAGGCUUCAUGUGUGAAACGAGCAGGCAGUGUAUAGCCAUGGAUAAGGCAUGUGAUGGUGUGGUUGACUGCCAGUUUGGCGAGGAUGAAAUUAACUGCAUUGGCCUUGUGUCUGCGGUUCGCCCCCCUACGUUGAGUGGGUUGCUGGACCUGUCAGAGCAGCGGAGUCCCAUUGGGAUGUUGAUGCGUAAAGAAGGCAUUUCAUGGAGGCCAGUUUGUCUGGAAGGUGUUGCUACCGAACUGGUUAAAGAAAUAUGCCCGUAUCUCGGAUACAGUUCUGACCCGAUAGAAACCAGCCAUAACACCACGGAUCCCAUAGAUAUUCUAUAUGAAAGCGAAACGAGGUGGCCACGCACCAAUCGAAGCACAGUCAACUUUCCGAGGAAUCUGAGAGAUGAACUUCCUUACUGGCGGGAUGAAGCCGAGGGGCUAGACCAGGCCGUUGAUCAGGGAGGCAGCCAUGGCUUUCUAAGGUUCUUACAGGAUGUUAUUCAAAGAGGAGGAUCUAAUGGCUGCAAGAGUGAAGUUAGAUGUGGCGAGGAACUGUGCGGGAUUGUUCCUCGCUUCUUGUUCACACAGGACAUUCCUGUCUGGAAGCUUGGUGGUGUGCCAUGGGCAGGAGCGGUUUAUGUGAACGGUCAUUAUAAAUGUGGAGCUACCCUUGUCCAGCCUUCCUGGGUUAUAACCUCGGUUGAUUGCAUGUCUCAAAUUGACCUCACCAAGUCUCGGGUGGCUGUUGUAAUGGGCUCCUGGAGGAAAACCGGGAAUCCAACCCGUUUGUGGAGUGCUUAUGAACACGAUCGUCGCGUGGACUACAAGACGGCCGUAUCAAAUUCAGAUAUAAUGCUACUUCACCUUCAGGAAAGGAUGCCUAAAUCACAUUAUAUCAAUCAUCUGUGUUUACCAAACAGUUUGCCGGAUGUACAACCAAACAGUUCUUGUGUCAUUGCUGGUUUGUCUGAAGAUGAUGAUCGCCUCUCACUUGGGAUAAAUUUUCACACUGCUGAAAACUGUACCAAUCAUGAAAUUUGUAUUGCAGACAAUCUAAGCAAAGCUCCCUGCAUGUCAUCAUGGGCAGGCGUAAUUGCUUGUAGGACUGAAUCGGGAGCUGAUUCCGUGUGGACAGGUGUGGGAAUGUGGUCGCAUGGUACAUGCGAUGGGAAUAGCAGUCAGCCCAUCCGCCAUUCGUUGUUUACAAAGGAGAACCUAAAUACCAUCUUCAGAAUCUUAGCCACCCCAGACAUGAGCAUACCAACAGUACCAGACUUUUGUGAGAGUGACACAUGCGCAUCGGGUGUCUGUAUUGGACAGGAUAUGAUGUGUGACAUGAAGCUAGACUGCCCUGACCUUACUGACGAGCUUCCAACCUGCCCUGCACAUCUCUCUCUCUGUACCCCUGACAAAGAAAUGGAAAUUUGUGUUUGUGAAGAUGGAAUGAUGCAGUGUCCUGACAAGGUUUGCGUUCCCUUCGACAAAGUGUGUGAUGGCAUUUCACACUGUCUUGAUGGUUCUGAUGAAGUGAACUGCACAUGCAUCGAGCAUCUGAGACGUGUUGACUUAAGGAAAGUGUGUGAUGGAAUUAUAGACUGCAAUGACCAGGAAGAUGAGAAGUACUGUGGUUGCUCUGAAUCCUCUAAAUUUCGAUGUUACAAUUCGUCCUCACAGGCUUGCAUUGAUGAUGAAUUGGUGUGUGACGGUAAGAAUGAAUGUGAGAAUGGAGAGGAUGAGAACCACUGCAUAGCUUUGUCACCUUCGUUAUUUGUGUCAGAGACGGUACUAGGUGUUCCACAACGCAGCCGUGAAGGUUUUCUUCUGUUGCGGAUGAGAGGACGCUGGUUUACUUACAGCAGCAAACACUGGUCAGAGAACACCUACCUAUCUGGCCAUUUGUGCCAGAAUCUUGGGUAUCCUAAUGUCAUCGCCACAAUCAGCCGCUCUCUUAGCAUGGAACAGGUGAUCAAAAUAGGCAAGGAAUUUGACAGUUCUAAUAAUCCAGACUUGACCAAAUUUGACACCAGUCGGCUGCUACCUAGUGAGAAGGAAGAUAGCACAUCAGUUGUAUAUGUUGUCUGUCUUGAAGAGGACCAAGAAAAAUAGAUUCAACAUUUUUAGCGCAGAAGAAAGCGUAGAAAUUAAUUUUAAAGUUUAGCUGUUAGAAAGAGUAUUUUGUAAGUUAAUGUUUUGUAGCAAAUUUUAUUAAAUAUUUUAUAUAGAA